AUGGCCGACUCUCGGCGGAAGCGGCUGCGUGCGGCGGUCCGCCUGCCGGACGGCAGCUACGUCUCGGCGGCCACAGCCUACUCGACCCUGGCCGUGGACUCGGCGCUCGUGUCGCCAUACGCCUUCCCGGCACCCGGGUCGGCGCCCAGCGAGGCCCCGGCAAUCGGGGGAUCGCGCUUCGAGCAGGACCUCGCCGAUGUGGACUUCUUUGGCCAGGCCACUCCGGUCGGCAUCCGGUCCAGCUCGCGGGCCCGUGUGCUGCCCCACCGACCAGAGAUGACCCCCGACCCGCUGACGGACACGGGGGAUCGGGGCAUGACUCCGCCAUCGGCCUUGCCCCCGCACUUUGCCUCGCUGGAGGCGGAAACCGCCGCCGGGACGGCCUCCCCCGCCGGACCGGCCGGGCCGAAGGCCCCCCUCCCCACGGUGCUGACCACCGACCACCGGAUCCCACCCAUCCAGGUGGCCUACAGCGCGGCCAAUGGGUCCCGGCCGUCGCGGCGCCACGGCGGCCCGGCCGAGCGGCGCUCCCAUCCCGAGCGCGUGUUCACCGCACUGCGCAAUGCCCCAAGCGCCUUGCCGCCUGACGGCCCGGCGCCUCCCGCCGAAAAGCAGCCCCCGGCCGGGCAGCCGGUCGACCCUCUGAAGCUGGACAUAGCCCAAGUGAGGCAGAACCUCCUGCGUGGUUCGCUCCUGGGGUAUGGCAUCCGCGCGCUGCCGGAGCUACUCGGCCUGCUGACUGCGCAGUUUCCCACAUGCGACUGCCUGGGCCACUCCGCCGGCCCCGCGCGGAUGGCCGAUCCCCUCGCUGACAUGCUCCGCGGGACCGUCGGGCAGAACCCCUCCCGGCGGCGAGCCCUCCUCCCCCUGAUCCUGGAGGUCCUCAAGCGGACCUUGGCCAAUGGCGGCGCCAUGGCGCAGGGGCUUUUCGUCGGGGCAUGGGCCGCCGGAGUGCCCCUCCUGCGCCUCCUCAUCAGCCAUCUUCUCCUGUACUAUCGGAUUCGCGUGCACCAGCGCCGGCGGCUGGCCCUAAGUUCGCUGGCCGCCGAGCCCAGUCACAAGCCCACUCCCAUGGACCGGGAUCUGGCCCGGGCGGAUGUGCGGCGCUGGGCGCCGGCCGUCAGCGCCGGGGCCGGGGCCCUGGCCGGCCUGACCCUGCUUCUGGACCAGUCCCAAGCGGGCCUCGAGCAGCGGUCCACACUGGCCCUGUAUGCGGUGGUCCGCGCGCUGGAUGCGCUGGCCCGGCUGUCAGUCCGCCGGGGCUGGAUCCCGGAGGUGCCACACGCGGCGACGCUGCUUUUCCAGCUUGCCUGCACGGAGAUCAUGUUCGCGUGGUUUUACCACCCCCAGGCCCUGCCCCCGAGCUACGAACGGUGGAUCUCCAAAAUGGCCUACAUGGAUGCGCGUCUGCUGUCGGUGAUCCGCCUCCGGCGGCUGGGGUUCAUUCAGUAUGGCCUGGUGCAUGAUGCCUGCCUGGCGGAGUAUUGCCGCGAUCAUGGGCUGGAUCCCCGCCGCGGGGAUCCCUUCUACGGGCAUCUGGACUGCGCCAUCAUCCACCCGCUGGAUGGGCUGUCCUGCCGGGGCAAUGCCUUCCGGCGAUUCCGCAAUGGCUUCCUCAUGGCCCUGGGCAUCUAUGGCCCGGUUCAUGCGCUUCCCCAGCUGUUUGCCUAUAUCCGGGGGAAGUCAUCUCGCUCGCUCCAGGAGAUCGCCCUUUCGACGGCCACCAACUCCCUUCGGUCGUCGACCUUCCUCGGGAGCUUCAUCGCGGUCAUUUGGUGGACCGUGUGCAUCCUGCGGAAUCUGCUGCAGAAUGACAUCACCCUCGGGCCGCUGCUCGGGUCUUUCCUCUGUGGCCUGACACUGCUCAUUGAGAAGGAGUCUCGCCGGAUGGAGCUCGCCCUGUAUGUGGUCCCGCGCGCCCUGCACGCCCUGCAUUACGGCCUUUCCAAGAAGUACUCCAUCUUCCGGAUGCCCUAUGGGUCGCUGCUGCUCUUUGUCGCUGCCUCGGCCGGGCUCACCUUCGCCCAUCAUCACACUUCGCCGGAGAAGGCCCUCCGGUCGAGCCUGCGGUCGUUCCUCGGGUGGCUCCUGGGCCAGCCGGCCGACGCCACCCCCAUCGCUCCGGCGCCCGGGUCCCCGCCGGCCGGGAAGGGGCCCAUCCAUGCCGAGCACCAGCGGCCUGGACGCCCAGCCGAGGGGGGGCCCCCUGCCGGUCAGCACACCGACACGCCGGACUCCACCAGGGGCCCCGACGACUCCACAGCUCCCGAGGACCCAUCGCAACGGCACAUCUCCUCCACCUCCGGCAGCCUUCCCGACCUGCUGAACAAUCCGGUCGGCGUGGAGGUGGCCUACUCCGGGCCGAUUCUCUCCUUGGCGUCAAACAACACGAUGUGA